AUGAAGAGGAGGUUUUACGUAGUGUUUGAGGGAAGAACGCCCGGCAUAUAUGAGACGUGGGAGGAGUGCAAAGCUCAAGUUCAUGGAUUCAGUGAAUGCAAACACAAGUCAUUCGCGGCUUAUGAAGAUGCCAUGCUUGCAUGGAAUCAACACAAGACCACCGCCAUCGGUAGAGGAGUGGAUGAAACAGAUUUAACUCAGUACGUUCGUGCAUCAGCUACUACCAUGAUAAUGGAUAGCGGGACAUGUGUAGCUGCACCCAUAGAGCCAACAGUAAUUGGUGACAAUGGUCCGCAGGAUGACAAUGAAGAAAGAGUGGGACCUGAUCGUCCAGGAAAUGACCUACAUUUCCCUUGUCCGCUUGCUGGUUUGCCGUUUGAUCUCUUCAUAUUGUUUGCGGCUGUUUACGUGAAUGUCCGCAGCAGUGGAUAA